GUGUGAGGUUGGGGAGGAAGUCCAACAGCUCACAGGAACUCAGUUAUUUAUUAUUUAGCUUUCUGUUCUCAGGGACCUGAGUGAACUGUAGAAACAGAGCACAGUACAUAAUCUCCCAUUGAACAUGAAGGAAACUACUAAAUGUCUCUGAAAGCCCAAGGGUCGCAGUUCACUAAAACUGAAAGUUGCUUCUCUCAUUACCCAUGGCAAAUGUAAUAGAAACCAGUGAAGGCCAGUUUGUGAUCAGCUAUCCUGAAGAUGAUUCCUGUGUACCUUGUCACAGCUGCAGUAGCAAUAUGGUGAAAUAUACUGAUGAAUCCUUUACAUCCUGUACUGAUGAAAAUGAGAGUGGUCAAUCCUACAGUCAGUCGUUUGAGUCUUAUCAUCCCUUUGAUGAGGAAUUUGAAUCAAAAACAGAAUCAGAAGCCACCACAAUCGAAUCUGAAAUGGAAUCUCUUUCACCUCCAAAUAUCAAACAAGAAACAAAAGAAGAAUUUGAAUGCUGUGAAGACCCUAAAGAUUUACAAGCAAAACAAAAAUUUAUAGAAAAACAUCUUAAUAUAUUGAAGAGAAACAGAUUUGAAUCUUCUCCACACCAUCUAAAAGAACAGUAUAUGGUUUCCCGUAAAGAGGUUGCUCAGUUUCUCUCAGUCGAAUCAGCACCUUUGCAAAUGUAUUGUCAUAUGAAGAUUGAGCAGAUUCAAUGGAAAUUUCAGCAAUCUGAGUCCUGUAAACAGGUAAAGCCACAUUCAAACAAACCACUCCGAAGAAAGACUGUUCUUCAGCCGAACUGCAUUGUACCCCAGCAACUGAUAAACCAAGUUCGCCAUAAAUGCAUCUCAGAGACAGUUAAACAGGUCAUGGAAACCAGCAUGCAUCAACCUUCCAGGUGUACUGCCUGUGUCAAGAAACUCAGUAAGCUGGCAGAGCACAACUUCCUCCGUGUCAAGAGAAUACAAUUGGAAGAUAUGUUACUCCAAGAUAAAAUAGAGGCGCACAUUUAUACUAAGGACGCACUUACACAAAUUGGAGAAAUACACAGAAGCCUCCCAAAAUACUCAGAUGCUGCUGCUGUGGUGUGGAAGAGGUUAUUUGAUAGAAAAGUCCAAACUUAAUUUUGUAAUGUUUGGACCUGUUACAACAGAAUAUGACUUUGAAUAUUGAAUCAUAAGCAAAAA